CAGCUUACGUUAAUCAGUUUCAGCCCUGUCUUCAAGAGAAGUGUGUGUGGUUGCUGUUGAACUGGCCAGACCUCCUGCUCCUGCAGCUGCACAACAAAACCUCCACAGUGUUUUCCUAGAUUAUGGCAGGUCUCACAUGGAUCCUCUCUUUGCUUUGUGUUGCAGCGUGUCACCUGUCUUCAGCCUCACCCGUUCUCCGCUCUGCCCUGUUGGUCCAGGCUGGGCAGAACGCCUCGCUGACCUGCAACCUGACGUCCAGCAGCACGAUCACCUGGUACUUUCUGCACUCAGAUCAGCUGCAGCCUCUGCUGACGGUUACAUUAGGUAAACUGGGAGUAGAAACAGUCGAGUUCCACUCCGCAGACAGCCGCAUCAACAAACAGGGAGAUCUGGAGAGCGGCCAGGUCGGUCUGGAGAUCCUGGAGGUGGAGCAGAAGGAUGCCGGGCUGUAUUUCUGCACGGGGCAGUGUGAAGGAGGAGUUUGUGUUAACAGAGGAAUUCAUCUGGCUGUGGAUGGAGCUGACGGGGAGCCAGCCAGGCAGCCGUGUUGGAGUCUGGGGAUCUGUGUUCUUCCAGCCUUACUCCCCCUCUGUUUUGUUUUCAUCGCUGGAGUCUACCUGUGCACAGGUAAACCAGCUGUUUGCUGCUGUAAUUCAGUAAGAAGCAACUCGAGUCUGAGGGUCACAGAGGAUGUGUCUUUGCACUAUUCCAGCCUGAAGCAUGCAAACAAUCCCCGCCCCUCUGGCCAAGGAAGGACAGGAUUGGUCAAAACGGAUGUCACGUACUCGACAGUGACCAGUCGCAAGAACCCUAACGGAUCACAUGAUCACAGAUAAACCCGCCUUAGGGCAUGGUCACACGUGCACUAAUCCAGGCGAGUGAAAUCUGCAUGUUGUGCUGAAUGCAGUCAGUGCAGGAUGUGACAGCAAGUAAGCUAUUUAAAGGAUAAUUUUUAAUAUUAUGAUGAUAUGUAAUUUGCUUCCUUACAAUCAUUGACCUACUCAAAUGCACCACAGAAGAAUGUUACUGCUCGCACAUAAUGAAAGUUUAAUUGUACAUACUCUAUAGGCUUAGCCCAAAAAGCACUGUUUUUAAGCUCCUCUUUCACUGUUUUUCACUUGUAUCUGUCAAGAAUUUGUUUUCAUUUUUAAUAAAUACAUUCUGAUGCAA